UUUUGGAUAUAGACAAUUUAUCUCGCUGUUUAUUCAUUAGGCUACUUUGACCAGGUGUAUAAUGACACCGCCAUAAGGACAAGAUGGAAGAAGGAUUACCAGAAGCAGACAACCUCUUACGUAUCAAACGUAAAACAGAAGAAGAGGAAGAGAAGGGAGCUAAUGGUGGGGUUUUGAACAAUCUGAUAUCCAACUUGAUUGGUACAACAACAACAGCAACAACAGUAGACGACAAAUCUGGUGAAACAUCCAGACAUAUGAAGAUGAAGAUGAAGAAAGAGAGUUCAGGUGGUGGAAUCUUAGAAAAUAUUAUAUCUCAUCUGCCAGAAGAUAUUGAAGUUCCAACGACAGAGGAAGCAUCCAUGCUGAUCCACUCUGUGAUUGACUGAACAAGAGACUUCAACCACAAGUCAUUUCCAUCGUUUUUGUUCUUGGGACUUGAACUUGUUAUAUAUUCAAAAACAAAAUAAAUAAUAUGUAGUUAGGUCUGUUA